GGCCGCACACCCCUACCCAACUUUUCUGGGAGUACCCGGCCCCCGGGCCGAAACAACAGUCAAAAGAUCAUUUUGGCCCCUUAAAACUUACAAGGCCGCGCACCAGAUAGUUCAUAGAGAGUAAAAAUCAAAGCGAAAACCGAGCGAGCGAAGGAAAGUUCCUUCGUGGACGUGUCUUUCUGUAGCCAGUUCAUUGUACAACAAACGACAAAAAUUAGUUGCGUCUAUAGGCGCUUUUUGAGUCUACCAUAUGAUUUUGGACUUGGACGCGGAGAAGAACCUGGGGACGAGGGUGUCUCUCUCUCAGUGGGGGCAGAGCCAAAAUGUCACACACCUCAGUAGACUGUGACGUUUUUCUUCCACUGGAGGUUUCCGCUUUGAAAUGAACCUUGAUUUUUCGAGAAUGUGCUUGGUUCGUAGCCAAUGCUGAAGGAUUUGAUUCUCAAAGCCCAGGAAGUGGGAAAAGUAACAAUCCCUCAGUCAUUAUUCUGAAGAUGGCACAUUGCUUGGAAAUAACUGGCGAUACACUCCAUGGUGUUAAGCUCAACAUUCUUCUUAUCAAUGGCGGAACAGAAGGGUUAAGACGCGUAUUCGAUGGUUUUGUUUCCCCGCCCAAACUGCAGCAUUUUCUUGCAAUUAAAGAACCCGAGAUAAGGAAACUUUAUCGAAAGAGAAUCAUGAACAAGUCUCAGUGGGACAAACUUUACCCGCCGGUGGGUACCCCCACGUCCAAGAAUUUCGACAUUUCUCUCCUUUAUGUGUUGCUUCGAAGUGUUUGCGGAUUGCCCGCUCCUGCCAGUGGCUGGGGUACCAAGCCUAGUCCUACGGAUCAUUCAGUAGGAGGCGCGGUAGAAAUGAUUCACUGGUACCGCAACAACUGCGGUCAUGCUCUGAUGGUCGAGGUUGAUGAGUCUUCAUUUGAGUCGUCGUGGAAGGAGAUUUCUGAAGCAAUAAAAGUACUUGGUGAGGACUCGUCUCGCGUCGAAAAUCUUAAAGCGACACCACUAUUCGCCAGCAGUUGUUUAGAGAGACUCGCAAAGUUUGAUUUCUCCGGCGAAGUCAAGUUGCACGCGUCCAAGCAUCAUCCGGGAACUCGUGAAUGGGUUUUCAGUCACGUGGAAAAUUGGUUUCUAGAUCGUAGCUCCGAUUCACGUGUCUUAAUCAUUACAGGAAAUGCUGGUAUGGGCAAAUCAGUUAUCGCAGCAAAGCUCUGUAAUAAAAUGAAGGAACGCGAAGUUCUUGGUGGAGUACAUUUUUGUCAACACAAUAACCAGAGGCGUAGGAAACCAGACUUGAUGCUGCAAUCACUGGCCAGACAGUUGUGUGACACCCUUCCAGGAUUCAAGGACAUUCUAACAGGUCAGUUGACCUCACUGAACGCAACUUCGGUAGCUAACAUGAACAUAGAAGAACUGUUUACGCAUCUCCUUCAAGAACCCACGAACAUGAUGGCUGAUCCAGGCAAGAACAUUCUUUUGGUUGUAGACGCUUUGGAUGAAUGCGAGUACGAUGGAAGAAACGAGCUGCUAGAUGUGAUAAUGUCACAGUUCCACAAGCUUCCAUCUUGGAUCAAGUUCAUUGUGACAGGUCGACCAGAAAAUGCAAUGGCCGACAAACUUACCCAUUUAAGACCAUUCGUUCUUCGAGCUUCGGAUGAGAACAACGAGAGAGAUAUUGAGCUGUUUUUCAAAGACAAUUUAAGGACCCUCUUGCCCACCAGUGUCUUCGAAGAGAGUGUUGGUCGCUUUGUUAACCAAGCGGAAGGACUCAUGCUGUAUGCACACUAUUUCAUCCAGUUUGUAGAAGAACAUAGAGACACCUUGGCGCCUGCCGAUAUAAAUGGUAUUUUCCCUCGUGGAAUUGCAUCUGUCUAUGAACGGUACUUCGAUCGUUUGCAGAAGGACCUUAAGGUUGAAGAAGCACCUUUCGCCGACUUCCUGUCGUCACUUGCUGCAGCGCGUUCUCCUUUACCAGUGACCAUGGCAUCCAGAAUCCUUUGCUUGUGCCCUGAAACUGCAGGCAGUUCUCGCCAAAUCCAAAAGAUCUCUGGAUCUAUCUCAAGUCUGCUUCCCAUUCGUGAGGAUUGUAUUGACGUAUUUCACAAGUCCGUUGUUGACUGGUUAUCUUCUCCUGAAUUGUACGGUCAUCACAGAUUCACAGCUAAGCUAAAGCGAGGUAAUGUCGUUUUAGCAAAAGAAUGCGAAAAAACCUACAAGUCUAUCAAGGGCCGAAACGAUGUCCUCGCAGAGUACACACCGGAGGAAAAAUACGCUCUUCAGCAGGGGACGUAUCAUUUCAUUGCCUUUGCACAACUGGAUGGAAGCCAAAAGAGUAAACUCUUUCGCUACGCUUGCAGCUUGGAAUUACUCUAUGCCAAACUACAGAGUAAAGCUUGUGAUGUCUUCUCGAUAAUUGAAGAACUUCAAAGCAUCAAGCCUGUUUUGAAGCUCCCAAAGGCAGACAUGAUGGAGCUGGAUGACUGCAUAACCUGCCUGAGACGACAUCCAUACGUGUUGAUGGAAAACCCAAAGAUGAUUUUUCAGCUGUUAGUGAAUGAAGCUGAAUCUGUAGCAAUGAGUCUUGAAGCUUGUGAUGUGAUGCAACAAUCCAAAUAUCAACUGCCUCUGAGGCUAGAGGUGGUUAACAGGGCUCAAUCCAAAGAUCCAGUCAUCACUAAAUUUCGCUGUGAGACUAACGUGAAUUGUUGUGAUGUUUUAAAGAAUGACGAGCACUCACUGCUGGUCUGUGGCUGUGCUAACGGUUUUAUUCAAAUGUUUUCCUUGGAAACAGGAAAGAAACUUUGGCGUUGCCAACGCGAUGAGGUGGAAGUAUGGACAAAAGAGGAGGAACGUUGCAACUACUGCGUCUUCGUCCCACAGCACGGCGUGGUCGUCCACGGUCGAUUUGAUGAAGCCGUAACAUUGGAUGGAAAACCCAAGAAACUCUUCUCAGACAAUCAACAUACUUUCAUUGAUUCCUGUAUUUCGCAAGACAGAAGAAAGAUGGUAACUAGGCAAACGCAUUUGACAGCCGACCUGGUGAUAUGGGAACUCGAUACAGGGAACUCAUUGGCCCGUUUGGAACAACCUGCGAAGAGCAUCACAUGUUGCACAUUUUCCGUUUGCGGGCAAUUCGUCGUUUCUGGCAGCUUUGACCACGGAGUCACUGUAUGGGACACGACUGUUUCCGAACACAGCUGCAAGCAUAAUACGUUUAACGACAAACUUCCUUUGAUUGUCGAUUGCCUCGCUGGUCUGGAAGAAAACUCACAGUUUGUGCUGGUCAACUCCUCCAAGAAACAGUCCUUGACAGUCUGCGAACUAGUCUCAGACGCAUUUGAGAACGAGUCGACGACAAUUGUUAACCUUGGAUCGGCACAUAAAAGUCUCGGCGUGUCUAGCCACGGAGCUUGUUUAUACGUGUGUGGUGAUUCUCAUCAAAUGCGUAGUUCCAGUCUACCAUUCUCUGUUCGCAUUAUUCCAAUUUCCAAUACAACUAGAUGGAAAUAUGCCAAAGAGGUCGACUCUGAGAGAGUGCUCCUAAGCGACUUGGACACUGUCUACAUGUGCCACACUCUUGAGAACACACCUUCCACGGUGAUGGUGGAUCGCGGGGUACAAGCCGUAUCCUUUUCACCCGACGGCAGUCGUGUGUACGUUUCGUCCAAGGUGGGACUGAGUAUGUAUGAAGCUUCAAGCGGACGAUUCCUCUAUUGUAACACGUCUUUUAGCCACGUGGACCUUUUUGCACUGUCCCCAAAUGGAAAAACCAUUUUGAUUCAAACAAAAGAUUACUUUCAGUUGUGGGAUUCCAACCUUAAGCAGCAAGUCAAGACUCAAGAACAUCCGAUUACACCACAAAGUUUCUUCGGAUAUAUCGAUGAAAAUCUGGUUUUAUUUUUGUCCAGAACAGGAGUUAUUCAGGUGUGGAACCUCAACGAAUCAACUCUCAAGGAGACGAAGAACGCCAAGAGGUCUUUAAUAGAAUGCUGCGACGUCUUUCCCUUGCCACCAAACGAUGGUAACGGCAGUGAUUCAUGUUACCGUCUGGUCUUCUGUGAUCGCCACGGAGGUGUAACGUUACACGACACUAGCAAAGCGCGCGAAAUCACGAGAAACGUUCCCAAGCAACAGAUUGUCAAGUGCUGCAAAUUCUCACUAGAUGGUAGUUCCAUAGCCACAGGGCACGUCGACGGAACAUUUCAGAUUUGGGACGCACGUCGUCUUGAAUUAAAAAAACUUCUAACUUGCGGAGAUGGUCUGGUCAAAGGCUGUGGUUAUCUAGUUCAAGAUCUUGGAGAUGUGGUUGCAUCCUUAAGUGUUUCUGGAACUUUAAAGGUCUGGGGUGCUUUCUCUCGACAGCUGCUUGGGUUUAUGAACUUUGAGAGCAAACUCCGCGGAAUUGCAACAUCACCCGUUAAUGCCCAGAUCUGUGUGGCCCUAGAGGACAAAAUCGUGAUUGUCAACGUUCACAGACCCGAAUUCGACUAAAGAAGGGUCUAUGAAUGGCCGGACCCAAAAUUACGAAAGGAUCCAGCGAUUUAAUGAUUGCCAGGAAUUCCAGCCAGAAGCAUUCCUUGACUGUGAAAUAACAGAGAGAACAAAUUGAAAAGUGAAUUUAGAAUUUCCUUGAGGCUGAAGAACCUCGGAUGUGUAGAUUUAGGGAUGAUAAUCUUUAACAAGUGAAGUUAAGCCCAACCUGCUCAUAUGUAUAGACUUAGAUUGCAGGAAGUCCACACUAACCCAAAGAGAUCCUCGAGUGAAAAGCGACGAGGAGAGCGCGAAGUUUGGCCGCGCAGAAACUGGAGGACACGGGUUAAGGUCAAGCCUAGCCUCCCGUCCAGUCCUAUCUAUGAAUCCUUUGAAGAUUAGUAAGGAAAGCCAAACGUUUUACAAAGCUCGUCGCCACAGGACAUCAUGGUUUUUUUUUCGG